AUGGCAGGUGAGCUUACUGCAAAAACGAGAAGAGAGGAAAACAACAUAACCUCACCUCGUUCACAACCAGCAUUCUCUAUAUCACAAACAGAGACAUAUGCAGUGAGAUCAGAUGACAAUACAGUGAGAUCAGAUGACAUUGAUAUCGGAGUGAGCUGUAAACAAGAGACUGAACCCUUAUCUCCGUGUUACAGAGAUAACACCGAGAAACAAGCCGCCCUUAUCUCCCUCUCUUCAACCUUGCCCAGUCUAAUCCCAGCAAACACCUUCACACAACACCACACCACCCAUCUCCCUAUCACCUCCACUAACCUUACCAACACUAUCACUACAAACCUCAUAACUUCAGUCCUCAACUCAACAUUUGCCUCCCAUAUGCCAGUCUACCAGCCUUUAGCAAGCAAGUUAACUCCUCAAUCUCCUAAUCUAUCAUCCUCACCUCACUCAAUAACCAACACACUCGCAGUUCCACCUCACUCCACACCACAGAGUGUUGAGACUCCAAAUGUGUCCUCCGGGGACCAAGUCCUGGUUACGUUUGAUAAAAGUAACGCUGCAAACAUGACCUUCAAGUCGAGGAGCAACAGUUGUAAACGUACGAUGAGACAUCGAACCAGGUUCAACAGUGGUCAGCUGGAGAGAUUAGAGGAGGCGUUUAAUGACACUCAGUACCCUGACCUGGGAAACAGGGAGAAAAUAGCUAGAGAUAUCGGAUUAUCAGAGAGCUGCGUUCAGGUGUGGUUUCAAAACAGGAGAGCACGUUGGAGAAAGUCUCUGAAAGGAACAGAACAGAGCAGCAAGGGGCAGUACAAAGGGCCCGCCAGUUGGAUUGCCAGAUACCUCGAAUAUCAGGAGCUGUACAAGAAGAAAGUUAUUGAUUUACUCGUCGAAAAAUCCCUGUCAGAAACCAAUUUAGCAGAUGUUUUAGAUACUUUUCCCAGUAUAUCUACAGCUUGA